ACACGCUGUCUAUUAAUAGCCAGAACAGAGCUUUUCCGCUGCCGCCAGACUGAUGUCUCUGAGACAUUCCAUGUGAAGCAGAGGAAAAUUCCUUGUGGGUGUGUUUCACGAGAGAAACUGUCAUUUCACAUCAGAUCUUCAGCUGAUCUACAAUCCAACAACCAAGUUUGCUCCAUCGAUCAUGAACUCGAGCACUGAAGCUCCAUCCACACACCCCACAGACUGCGCUGAGGUUCAGGUCCCAAGUCAGGUGUUCAUGGCCAUUGCCGUGGCCAGUCUGAGCGAGAACCUCUUGGUGAUCAUAGCCGUCAUCAAGAAUAGGAACCUUCACUCCCCCAUGUACUGCUUCAUCUGCAACCUGGCUGUGUUUAACACCAUCUCCAGCCUCUUCAAGGCUUUGGAGAACAUCCUGCUGCUGUUUAAAGAGGCUGGACACCUGAACUCCCUUGGUCAUUUCGAGCUGAAUAUAGACGACAUCAUGGACUCUCUACUCUGCAUGUGCUUCCUGGGCUCCAUCUUCAGCAUCCUCACCAUAGCUGUGGACCGAUACAUCAGCAUAUUCCACGCGCUACGCUAUCACACGCUAAUGACCAUGCGCCGCGUGGUGGUUAUAUUGUCCGCUAUCUGGGUUUUGUGUGGCACCAGCGGAGUGCUCAUGAUCGGGUUCUCUGAGGCCGCUACUGUGAAAAUCUUCUUUGUUGUGCCGUUCUUCACAGCUCUGCUCCUCAUCCUCUUGCUCUACGUACAUAUGUUCCUGUUAGCGCGCCACCAUGCCAACAGGAUCGCAUCUAUGCCAGGACUUAACGCGCGCCAGAGACAAAGUGGCUUGAGGGGGGCGCUGACACUCACCAUCUUGAUUGGGGUGUUUGUGGCCUGCUGGGCUCCUUUCUCUCUUCAUCUGCUGAUUAUGAUGAUUUGCCCUGAGAACCCCUACUGUGAGUGCUACCGCUCGCUCUUCCAGCUGCAUGUAGUGCUACUGGUGAGUCACGCAGUCAUUGAUCCAGCCAUUUAUGCUUUCCGUAGCACAGAGCUGCGCAACACCUACAAGAAAAUGUUCCUGUGUUCAGCUUCAAGGAUCUUUAAAGAAUGUGUCUGAGUGAGACGCGUGUGUCCCAGCAGUACGUGCUUCACACUACUGAAGGAUAAAAAAGUCUACAGAACUGCUACUUUUUCAAAUGGAAAUGAAAGAGGCUGCAGAAGAGAUUCAAUGUACAGGUAUUGAAAGACCACAACA